AUGGCAAUUCGACACUCUAUGCUUUUUCUUACAUUUCUUGUUCAAUUCUCAUCAUUACAAUUCCCCUCACUCGGAUUAUACAAUCUCCAAGACACUUACUUCAUCAAUUGCGGAUCAGAUACCGACGUUACAGAAAGUAACAACGAUUAUAUUGGAGAAUCCAAUCCUUCCUACCCUAAAACAAUAUUUACCAAAAGCUCCAUAGAAACAAAUCAAUCAGCACUGCUUUCACCUCUCUACCAAUCUGCAAGAAUUUUCAAUUCUGAAUCUUCCUACGAAUUCACUACAGUCCCAAACAACACCUACACGGUACGUUUACAUUUCCUUUCAAUAUCUUCACCAACUGACCUUUCCACUGCAAAAUUCAAUGUUUCUGUUCCCGGUUUCUCUCUGUUACAAAAUUUCGACGCCAAAAACACCACAAACUCUCCCUUAAUUAAAGAGUAUUUUGUCAAAAUCAUUCGAAAAAGAUUCAAAAUAACUUUCACACCUCAAACAUCUUCAUUCGCUUUCGUUAACGCAAUAGAACUCUUCAUGCUCCCUAUUUAUUUUAUCCCCGAUUCCAUCGCACGUUUCAAUUACAUUAGUUCUUAUGGUCAAGCCCUAUCUACUUAUACCGGCGGUUUACUCUCCCGAGCUUUGGAAACCAAGCACCGACUUAAUGUUGGUGGCAGUGUUGUCGAUAGAGAACAUGAUAACUUGUCGAGAAAUUGGUUACCAGAUGACAGUUAUAUAACUAAUCCACAGAACGCAAAGAAUAGUUCCUUUAGUGGUGAUAUAAAACGCACUGCAAAUGAUGAAUCUGAUGGUCCAAAUUCGAAUAAAUAUAUUGCUCCAGAUGUUGUUUAUCAAACUGCCAGAGAGAGUAAAAACGGUUCUAUAGGUUUAAACAUAAGUUGGAGUGUUCCCUUGCAGGAGAAUACUGAUCAUUUUGUUAGGCUUCACUUUUGCGACCUGUUAAACCCACAGACUGGUCUUACAGCUUUUUUUCUCUUCAUUUAUGACACUUAUGUUAUAAAUAUAAAUGAUGACUCAAGAUUGUCAUCUGAGUUGCAUGAUCCUUAUUAUUAUGAUUUUGUGGUUCGCUCCGAUGGCACUGGGCUAUUGAAGAUUACUGUGAGACCUAAUGUCACAGAUUAUGUACCAAACGCGUUUUUAAACGGUCUAGAACUAAUGAAAGUGAUUGAAUCAUCCGGUUUAAUUCCCUUAGAUGAUUUGGAUUCGAAUUCAAAGUUUAGUCUUCCUGUGGUGGUGGGUUCGGCCGUGGGAGGUUUAGUUCUGGUUUCUUUUGUGGUGGUUGUGUUUCUUUGGAUUAUUAAAAUCAGGAAACAAAGGCCUGUUGAGAAUUCUAGUUGGUUGCCCGUUCGAGCGGCUGCGGGAUGGAGUAGUCAUAGCAGAUUAACUGAUGGAACAACAGUUCAAGGCUCACCUCUACCUAACAUAAACCUUGGAUUGAAAAUCUCCUUGCUUGAUCUUCAACUUGCAACGGAGAAUUUCAACGCGGAUAAGAUAAUUGGAAAGGGUGGUUUUGGAAUUGUUUAUAAGGGAGUUCUCAGGAAUGGGAAGAGUGUGGCAGUGAAAAGAAGUGAACCAGGAUCAGCUCAAGGACUUCCUGAAUUUCAAGCUGAGAUAAUGGUUUUGUCCAAAAUUCGUCACAGACACCUUGUUUCCUUAAUUGGGUAUUGUGAUGAAAGGUUUGAGAUGAUACUUGUUUAUGAGUACAUGGAAAAAGGGACACUUAGAGAUAGUUUGUACAACACAAAUUUGUCUAGUUUUUUGACUUGGAAGCAAAGACUUGAGAUUUGCAUUGGUGCUGCUAGAGGUCUUCAUUAUCUUCACAAAGGAGCAACUGGUGGAAUCAUUCACCGCGAUGUGAAAUCCACAAACAUAUUGCUUGAUGAGAAUCUUGUUGCUAAAGUUGCUGAUUUUGGUCUUUCAAGAACCGGUCCUCUUGAUCAGCAUUCUUAUGUCAGCACAGGUGUUAAAGGAACUUUCGGGUAUCUCGAUCCAGAGUACUUUAGAUCACAACAGCUUACAGAAAAAUCUGAUGUUUAUUCAUUCGGCGUGGUUCUUCUUGAAGUGCUGUGUGCAAGACCAGCCAUUGAACCGGCGCUUCCAAGGGAACAGGUGAACUUGGCUGAGUGGGGAGUUUUUUGCAAAGACAAAGGGAUAUUGGAAGAUAUCAUAGAUCCUUCUAUUAAGGGACAGAUUGAUCAAAACUCACUAAGAAAAUUUAGUGAGACAGUAGAAAAAUGCUUACAAGAUGAUGGCAGUGAUAGACCUUCAAUGGGCGAUGUGUUGUGGGACUUGGAAUAUGCUUUGCAGCUUCAGAGAGGUGCAAUACACAGAGAACCUCAUGAGGAUAGUUCCAGCAGUGCUUCUGUAUCAAUUCAAUUGCCUAAUGUUCGCCGUUUUCCUUCACUGUCUACACUGAGUGAAAUUGAUGACAUGUCUAUCGGGAGGGUUACUGAUGAAUCAGUUAAUGCAGAGGAUUUAGUUUUCUCUCAGUUGAAAACUGAUGAUGCUAGAUAG